AAUCUUAAACUUCAACUACCCAUUCCCUAAUAUUAGUUGCUGGAGGCCUGAAAUUUCUGUCGGAAAGCAAAUAUGGCGAGCUCGAAUCUACCAUCGUCUCCACCUCUGCCAUCGUCACCUCCUUCCAUCUCUGCCUGCCAUUCUGAGUCCUCCGCCACCGUUCCCACUGCCCUUGUUCACUCUCAAGCUCAGCUUGAUGCUACCGCCACCGAAAAUGGAACGUUCCAUGUCGAUGGACGAAAGCCUCAAAUACCUGAUCAUUUUGCGGUUCUUGAUGAUCCGGAACAUAUCGAGAAGUACAAGAAAUACGAGACUGAUUACACUUAUCGGUUGAUGGCAAAAUAUUUCUCGAAGAAGAAUUUUUAUGGAGGCAACAUUUUCGAUGAAAAAACAACGAUAGAUAGCGAGACUAUAUUGUCGAGCAGGUGGCCUAGCACUCGAUCAUUUGCCGACCCAGUUCGUGCAUUUGAGGAUCCCAGCAAUGGUGGUUCAGUUUCCGAGCCAGCAACCUUAACUAACAUCUCAAAUGGCAAGCUUCAACUCAAGAAGAAUGGCUGAUGGCAAAAUUGUUGGCAUUUUGUCAAACGGAUGGUAAUGUAUGUAAAUAAAUAUACCAGAAGUUUUGUACAAUUUGUCCAUGUUCUAUAAUAAUUAAAUAUAAAAUUGACGAGAACAAAA